GUUACCAUCUACCAUCGCUACCGCAAACUUGUAGAAGGUGCUCAGCACGGCGGAGUCGUAGCGUUCUCAUUUUGUACGCUUGUAUGCUGCGCGAAGGAAGCGGCUAACAUGAGCCGAAACCCUGGGAAAAACAAAUUAAACCUCAAGCUUCCGCCGGGCUCCAUUGAGCCGCUAGAUCACUCGGGGUGCGAUCCGACAAACGAUAAAUCGACACAGAACACGAGCAUCGAAGACUUGCAGAAAACACUCGAAGGCUUGGACUUGGAUGAACAGCAGCGCAAGCGGCUGGAGGCAUUCCUGUCCCAGAAGCAGAAAGUUGGCGAACUCACCAGCGAUGACUUUGAGAACCUUGGUGAGCUUGGUGCUGGAAAUGGGGGAGUUGUCACCAAGGUGCUGCAUCGACCCAGUGGCUUCAUCAUGGCCCGGAAGCUGAUUCACUUGGAAGUCAAACCUGCCAUUCGGAACCAGAUUAUAAGAGAGCUGAAGGUGCUUCACGAGUGCAACUCUCCGCACAUAGUGGGCUUCUACGGAGCCUUCUACAGUGAUGGCGAAAUCAACGUCUGCAUGGAGUACAUGGAUGGCGGCUCCUUAGACUUAGUGCUAAAAAGGGCAGGCCGCAUACCUGAAAAAAUAUUGGGAAAGGUCACAAUAGCGGUACUGAAAGGUCUCAAUUACUUGAGGGAGAAGCAUCAGAUAAUGCAUCGUGAUGUCAAGCCAUCAAACAUGCUUGUGAAUUCUAGGGGUGAGAUCAAAAUUUGUGACUUUGGUGUGAGUGGGCAACUGAUUGAUUCCAUGGCAAACUCCUUUGUGGGAACACGGUCAUACAUGUCGCCGGAGCGACUCCAAGGCACGCACUACACGGUUCAGUCGGACAUUUGGAGCCUGGGCCUGUCAUUGGUGGAAAUGGCACUGGGCCGCUACCCAAUCCCACCACCUGAUGACCGAGAACUGACUGCCAUCUUUGGCCGCAACUACACCCCUGAAAGUAACUCCGGCAUGGCAUCGGGUGACGGACCACGGCCCAUGUCAAUCUUCGAACUUCUCGACUACAUUGUUAAUGAAGCCCCACCUUCAGUGCCAGCAGGUGUCUUCUCGCCAGAGUUCAAGGACCUCGUUGAUCGUUGCUUGAAGAGGAAUCCAAACGAGCGAGGAGAUUUGAAGACAUUAAUGAACCAUCCAUACGUGCGGACAUCGGAGCAAGAGAAAGUGGAUUUUGCGGGCUGGGUGUGCCAAACCAUGGGCUUGGACCCCUCGACUCCAACAAAGCUUACUCCCGAGGGACAGGCCUGACUUCCAUAACGGUCAAAAAGAAAGCAAUGGAGGAGCACAGCUGCUCUCAGCCUAUCAAGACGGCCAGUGCGUUCGCAACGGGGCCGAACAUGCGUGCGAUCCCUGCCUCCUCUUCCAACCCACACGUCUCUCUCUCGUGGGCACAGGGCUCUCAAUGGGUCUGCUGCUCCCCCUCUCUUCCCCUUUCCCAUGGACUUUCUGUUGCCUCCAAGCUAUGUCUCCAUCUGGGGCACCAGUUUCACCACUGGCCAUCGCAUGGACGGAUGGAUCAAACGGUUGUACCCGCACAUAACAGUUGCAGAUGGGAAGGAGUCUGCCACGACAGUGCGAUUGUUCCAGAAGUUAUAGAGAACAGAUGCUACUGAAUUGGCUGACAGAUUCUGAAGGUUUGUGUUUAGUGGAGCAGUUUGGAGAGGAUGUGAGGGCAGUUUGUUUGCACACCUGCUUCAUCCUCGCACGUACGCAGCAGCAGUUACAGCGGAAAACUUAGUUGAUGCAAUUCUCAAAAAGAGCGUGCCCAGUUAGCCUCGUGGGUACUUUAACCUUCUCGGCCGAGGGUGAUCCUUCCCUUUUUGAGGGGUGAUCGAUUUCGCACCAGUAACGCUGCUGGUGUUGUGUAUAGAGAGCGCAGUUUUCUCUUCAUCGUUGCAUGUCGCUUAUUAUUUAGUUGUUCUGCGAUAUAAAGAGCAGCUGGCCUUCUGGUCAGCACGCCAGGGAAUGCAUUCAAAUUGCUGCUGUUCUGCAAUGCAGUUAAUGUAACUGUUUUGUGGAGGUUAUGGCUACCAUCGUCUUUCGUUUCACCGACACGAAGUAACAGCAUGCACUUCCCGCUGCAAGUAGUCGCAAGGUUUGCUGCAGUAGAGCUCUUUUAGUUCUUUUACUCAUUCAUGCCAUUCAGCUGCAAUUCAUGCUCUUGCUUUCGCUACCCAAACUUUGGCCAUACCAAAUUACAGGGUCAUACCAAACUACAAGCAAGCUCAUUGAAGCAAGCUUGCUCAUUGAAGUUGUAGUUUACUUGGCAGAACUUGCAGCCGAUGUGAAGCUGAGUCCUUUUGCUUUGGAUUGUGCAGCACCUUUUGUGUCAUUCCUUCUUGUGUGAUGACUUGUGCCUACAGUGUGUGCUUAGGUGUUUAAAGGGAGAUAGGGUGGCUUGUUGGGCGAGUUGGCACAAGGUAUACUUGGUAUGGGUAUGCCCACAGCUAAAAAAGAUAGAUGGAAAGAACUUGAGGCAGGAGACGGAGAAAGGAACAGGAAGGGUGGCGAUUCAAAGGAACAUUGACACAGUGAUCUUGCCUUUCACUGCAUCUCAGGUACUUGUUAACUCGAUAACUGUGCAUGCAGCUAUGUGAAAGCUGCUAAAUGGGCUCUUGCGUUUGUAUGUUUCACUAAGCUCUUCAAUGCAUUCGACAUUGUAUAAGACUGGCUGUCCGUUGUCACGUUCAAUAGAAUUCUGGGUGCGUAUUUUUUGUUCUCUUUCCACUCUUAUUCUGCUAAGUUCUGAAUGUUCUAUCAGUGACUUGAUGUGGCUUUUGACCACUGAUUAUGGGUCGGUUGGCACUUAUGUUGGUUGUUUACAAUGCCACGAGACCAGAAUCUGAUCUCUGUAAUGCAGCAUGUGGCCUGCCUAAUGCCUGAAGCUUCACUAAAGUUCUUGAAUAUCUCAAACUGGCUGUAUAAGAAGGCACUGUUAUUGGUUGCAGGUUCCAUUCUGUAAUUACAGAAUUGACACCCAUGUAACAAAGGACAGAGGCAACAUUGUGUCACUUCUAGCAUAAGAAAUCGCGUUGCAAUGAAUGAAAACUACGAUCUCUGGUGAUGUCCGAGGCUUUUGGUUUACCUUGCUGGACACAACAUCAUCGCAAUGUAACGCAGCCUGAAGCAUCAUGGAAAGCAUUUUUUUAAAAAAUCGUUCAUGUGUACCGAUUUUACUUUGACCAGGAUGUGUUAAAGGUUGUGGCCUUGAGAUAGUGGACGCAGCUUGAUUGCAUUUGUGGUCUUUUUUGUAAAUGCGGCAUAGUUUUGUUGCAUUGUGUAUCAUGUUAGUAUCCAUUUUCAGUGUUAAUGGCCGUGAAUUAAUUUUCUUUACAUUAGAUUGCACUCAAAAUAAAAAACUGCCAGAGCAGCUAUUGGAUGUCGUUAAGGUUAUUACAUGUGUAACACAGGCAACAAAUAUGAUAUAAGAGCAGGCUUCUCAUGGCUGGAAAGUAAAAGGUGCAUUGUUACAGUUGUUUAAUGUAACAUUGCCUGCUACAGCAAACCAUGACUGAGGGCUUCGAGCACUGCUGAACAGUGCACGCAAAAACGUAAGCAGAUGCCUCCAGGUUGCUCAUUUAUUCAAAUGUCUGCAAAGCUUGUGCAUGCACCAGGGUAGGUUUCAAGUGAGGCUACUUUACAAACCUUGCUUUACUGUCUCUAUAAUGUAGGCUCCACCACUUCACCCUUCCAGUGUGAGGGGAAGUCCAGACACUAUCACUUCAGGCCUAUGACUGGCUUUCUACCAGUGUUGCGCACUUGGCAGUCAAGCCCAAUGCGUGGGGUACAAAUACAUGUUCAUUGGAGUGUUGAUACAGACACUCUUCAACAAGAAGCUAAGGAGGAAGUGUUACAUUUGUACACAUGACACCCUUAUAGCGAGCAAGGAUGGUAAUGUUUACACUGCUCUGUUCACACUGUUGCAUGCAUUUGUGCUCUUUGCCCUUGCUGGAAGCAAUGUUCAUUGAAAGCAGAUUCGUAAUUCGGUGCAGUACCUUUCCUGCAUGUGAACUGCAGUUGUUCGAUGAGUUGUUCUUGUGUUAUCGCUCCUCUGCAAUCUAUGCACAACAUUGUACAUAUAUAAUGUGCAAGCUGAAGAAAGUGGCCUGCUGAUGUUGUGCAGACAGGAAGCACCUGCGAGGUAGUGUGUACAUGGCGAUUAUAUUCUUUAGGUCUCUUGAGCGUGCAGUAUCUUCGUUCUCGCUUGUGAAUUCUCGUUUACACUGUAAAAACUCUUACUGUAAACCACCUGAGCAGUGUCUGAAGAUGGUCUGGUGGAGAAAUGCGUGGCACCCCGAAAGUGGACUGUAUUUGCAAGUUUUCAGCAGCUUGGCCAUCCCCAAGUCCGUCUGGUCACACUGCGGACACAGUGUUGCACAACUUCAAGACAGCAGCAGCUUGUAAUUUUACAGGGUUAUUUGUAUAAUUGAGCUGCAGAUUGACUUCCAGCCGCCUCAAGAGCAGGUUAUCUGUCACGAAACCUACGGUCGUCCUUGAAAGACUCGCUGAUGUGCCACUAUGGAACCUGGAAUUGUAGCAGCGUGGUAUUUUGCCCUGUCACUGUCCUGUUGCACCUUUGCCAACUGAUUGAUUGGUUGUGUCACAGCCUACUGUACAGCUUUUUUUGGGGACUCUUAAUUUAUUGAUGGCGAAGAUGGUCUAGUGGUUUAUGCCAGCAACGAUGCUUCGCAUUGAGCAGAAAGUGUUGGUGAGGAGACUAGGAGCAGGCACAGCUUCGUCCUCACUGAGGGGGGGGGGGUGUUGGUGAAAUGUGAUGUGGAAAAAAAAAAGGCCACUGGGUGUUCUGGUAGAGUACUCUAGGAAACAUUCCCAAGCGCGUGUCAUCCUCUUAUGAACUUUUAUUUAUUGAAGCAACUGUCCCAUCUUUCUUUUUGUGCGAGUGGUUUGUUCCGGCUCUGCAGCCUCGGGGCCUCAUUUUUCGAAAUGCUCCAGUGAACAAGGGCACGUAUGUGAGCAAAACAGAACAAGUGGAUAUGCACCUUGGGGAGCUGUGAAGCAGCUAUGGGUCUACUAUUACAAGCAUCGAGUUUAACUCUGCGCGACUGCACUGUGUCUGAGUGUGUUAUAUUUUAUUGAUGCAUGCCUUCCCGAUUGGGAGGAACACGCUUACUACAGCUUUGUGGCGGCAACUGAGUGGACAAUGCCCAUUUUCCUUUCUUGUGCGCGGGUGUUCUAUCAGUUGGCAAUUGCCACCUUGUAUCUAUUGUUUCUGAGAUGUUUGUGUUGCUCGUCCGAGAAGAUUGUGUUGCUCUCAACGUUUUUUUGUGUAGGGACUUUUUUUUUUUUUUUUUGCCUCAUGUAGCAAGAAGUGGUGAGGGGUCUGAAAAGCAGCAAGCAUUUUGUUGACCAAAGAAAUCCUUUGCUGCAUCUCUGCAGGUGAUAUGACUAUUUUAAAAUAUUUGAGUUUCAAUAAAGUGGCCCGUGCAUGAAAGU